UGUGCAGUCCAAAAUGCAGUUACAACAUCGGAUGUUCCAGAGAAGAGUUGGCAGAUAUCUUGAAAAAUUGUGCAUUGAAAAUGAAAUCGAGCGUCAUACAAAGAUUAGUCGAGAACAUCUAACACCUGAGUUGCAACUACAUCUACUUACUCCUGACUGUCCACUCUAUACAGCCAGAGAAACUCAAAUACCACGGUACUUUAGAGAGCCGUUCUGGUCAAUUUAUUGGCCCGGUGGUCAAGUUUUAGCACGUUACAUUCUUGACGAAGGUUCGCGAUUUCUACGCGGCCUGUCAGCAGCAAAAGUACUAGACGUUGGUGCUGGCUGUGGGGCUGCAGCUAUCGCCGCUAAAAUUGCUGGUGCCGAUGACGUACUGGCCAAUGACAUCGACAAAGUGGCAUGCGUAGCAGCGAUCAAAAAUGCAAAGCUGAAUGGUGUGAAAAUUCGGACAAGCACUAAUGAUUUAAUAGGUCGUGAGCUUCCGGAGAAUUUUGAUUUCGUACUCAUUGGCGAUUUGUUGUAUGACGAAAUAAUUGCUACUAGGCUAGAAGAUUGGCUCGAAAAGUAUGUAAGUAAUACCGAAAAUCCACUAACUGAGAUUUACGUAGCUGAUCCUGGACGUCAUGGAUUGUCAGAUACUUUACGCCGAAGGCUCGUGCAUCGGCGAACAUAUCGUUUACCGAAAAAUGUUUGCCGUGAGAAUUACGGUUAUAACGAAGCUGCAGUUUGGAAAUAUUUACCGAGGUCAUAACAUACAUAUGGUGGAUGCAUACAAUUGUUUGUGCGCAUUUGUUCGAGAGUGAAACGAAAAUCUCUCGAAUUGUAUUCAUUAGGAAAAUUUCAACGGCUAUUAUAAAAAGUAUUAUCGAACGUACAUAAAAAUCUAAGAAAGUCUCGCCAAGGUUACUGAAGGCUCGAAAAGGUUAGUAUAUCUGGAACAUACUCGUAAACAGCCACUUUAUUGCCUUUCGUACUACAGACGUAGUAAUUGUUUUGAAUGCAAUGAACGACCCUUGCGACUUACCAUCAAAACCCGGCUAGCUUGUUUACAAGAGUGUAUUUUGAGGAUUAAAAUAUUUCAAAACAAUUGAAUGAAA